AUGGUUUUGGAGCUCGCCGCGCCCGCCGGUGCAGGCCCUGCGCUCCAGCGCUGCAUCCCGCACAUCCAGCGGGUUUUCCGGGUCAGAGUGAGCUUCAGCACUGCCGAGUCCAGCAGCGACAUCCCCGACGCCGGCUCCAGUAUCAUCGUAAACAUCGAGGACGGCAAGGAAGAAGAUUGCACUAAAGCUAAAGAGUACAUUGUGUCCCUGAUCAGUCCUGUUCAUAAGCACCGUGAGCGUUUAACUCUUUGGCUGCAGCGCCGUCUGCAUGCCCUACGUGCAGCUAUUGAGUAUGAGAGCUGCGCCGUUGUGCAGGUGAGGGACCAUGCACUGGAGAUUCAGGGAGGUCAUGCACAGGUAACAGCUGCAUGCGCUAUGCUGCAGCGCCUCAAAAUGGAGCACCGCGGCUGCCGUGACCCCCAGCCCUCGCCCGCCUCUGCUGGCCAGGAAUCUCCAGAGGAUGAGGAGGAGGACGACGAAGAAGCUGGGGAAGAGGGGAGCAGUUCGGAGAGCGACGGAGAGGCUCGAUCAAGAAGCGAGAGUUCCGGAGGAGGUGUCGGCUCAGCAGGCCCAGGCGAAGGAGCAACAGGAAGGAGGAGAGACCCGCUCAUUGCAACCAAACCUCACCGGCAGCUGUGCCGCUCACCCUGUUUGGAUCGCCCUAGCUUCAGCCAGAGCAGCACCUUACAGGAGUUACGUUCAGACGACACACGCGGCGAUCCAUCUCGCACUGACCCCUCCCAAAGAACACCCUCACUUGCUCUGCCCACUUCUGCAGCUCAGGCACCCUUACGACAAACCAGCGAUCGAGAUUACCAGACCAAAAUGGACUUUGCUCUGAAACUGGGCUACUCUGGAGAGCAGGUGGAGACCGUGCUGAGUAAACUGGGGCCCAGUGCGCUAAUCAAUGAUGUGUUGGCUGAGCUGGUGCGGCUUGGGAAUAAAGGGGAACCAGAGCACCAGGGACCAGCGGGUACUGCCAGUUUAGCGCCACGGGCAGUAGGAGCCAAAGAAACCGUAAGCCCUGAGGCAUCGCUGGAGGAGGACACACCAGACACAUACGACAAUCUCCGACCAAUCGUGAUUGAUGGAUCCAAUGUUGCCAUGAGCCAUGGAAACAAAGAGGUCUUCUCAUGUCUGGGCAUUCAACUGGCUGUUGAUUGGUUCCUGGAGAAAGGCCACAAAGACAUCACAGUCUUCGUCCCAGCAUGGAGGAAAGAACAGUCAAGACCUGACGCACCGAUCAAAGAUCAGGAGAUCCUGCGAAAGUUAGAGAAGGAGAAAAUCCUCGUAUUCACUCCAUCUCGUAGAGUCCAGGGCAGACGAGUGGUGUGCUACGACGACCGCUUCAUCGUCAAGCUGGCCUGUGACUCUGACGGAAUUAUUGUGUCCAACGAUAACUACAGAGACCUGCAGAAUGAGAAACCAGAGUGGAAGAAAUUUAUAGAGGAACGACUCCUUAUGUACAGCUUCGUCAACGACAAAUUUAUGCCUCCCGAUGAUCCUUUAGGCAGACACGGGCCCAGUCUAGAAAAUUUUCUUCGCAAACGGCCGGUGGUUCCAGAGCACAAGAAGCAGCCGUGUCCAUAUGGUCAGUACAGCAAAAGUAAGAAGUGCACAUAUGGUCAUAAGUGUAAGUACUACCACCCGGAGAGAGCCAAUCAACCACAUCGUGCUGUCGCAGACGAGCUCAGAGCCUUCGCCAAACUCUCCGCCGUAAAGACAAUGAGUGAGGGGGCACUUGUAAAAUGUGGAACCUCUGGCACUGUUGCCAAGGGUGACAGUAGCUCGGAGGCAAAGCGAGUGGCACCUAAGCGCCAGUCUGACCCCAGUAUCCGGUCAGUUGCAUGUGAACAGGAAGAGAGACUCUGCCCAACACGGAAGGCAGAGGCAAAUUCUGUACCCUCUUUAGUGUCAGCGCUUAGUGUUCCAACCAUGCCACUGCCAAAAAGUCACGCAGCAGGUGCUCUGAACACACGCUCUGCAAGCAGCCCUGUUCCAGGGUCUCUGCAUUUUACCCACAGCUCCCUGGAACACUCAGGCAGCGUUCAGUACCCUCCCAUCCUGGUCACCAACAGCCAGGGUGCCUCCAUUGCUUACGGUGAGCCAUUCCCCAAGUACGACUCUGUGGUGAGCGAUCAUGGAUACUACUCCAUGCUCAGUGACUUUUCCACCAUAAGCUUGCAAGACAGUUUUUGCAGUCUGGAGCAGCCAGAGCCCAUAGGGGUGGGUGGAGGGGGAGGGUACCCUGGCAGAGCUCCAAGCAUGUGCCCAGAGGCUGGCCGAAGCCAUUCGUCUGACUCCUUCUCGUCUUAUAGUGGAGAGAUGUAUCUCAACUCAAUGGAGGGCAGCUUAGAUGACAGCAUGAAAGGGCCACCUUCACAGGCACAGACGCAACCUUCUGCGCAAACGCGCCUUCAAGCAUUUGCUCACGGUUUCCAUCAUGAGGUCUUGACACGUGUGCAGAGCUACGGUACGGAUGAACCCAAACCUGGACCUCGCAAGCAGUCGUCCGCCCACCUUGCACCCCACUCCCAGCACCCAGUCGUUGGUGCUCGAUCCAGCUGCCCUGGAGACUACCCUCCCCUCUCCCAGAAUGUGUUGCCUUCUGCCAGCUCCACUCAGCACGGUCGCUCCUUAGGCAUGACUCGCAUGGACAGCAUCUCCGACUCACGACUCUACGAGAGCAACCCGCUGCGGCAACGCCGACCACCUCUUUGCAGAGAGCAGCAUGCUAGCUGGGACCCUUUGCCAUGCUGUAACGAACCCUACAGUUAUGGAGGCUAUGGUUUAACGGGAGGUCUCAUGCCUUGCUGCGAGAGGGUAAUGGUUCGCAGUAUGCCAGAGAAAAUGGAGCAGAUCUGGAGGUUCCCCUGGGAUAGCUUGCCACCUCCACUGCCAGCCACUCGUGGGCCAGCAGGGGACCCCCAAGAGCGGCAUCCUAUUCCAGAACACCAAUAUCAAACAUACCGAAACCUCUGCAACAUCUUCCCGGCAUACGUGGUCCAUUCAGUCAUGGAGAAGAACCCUCACAUGACCGAUCCCCAGCAGCUGGCUGCCGUCAUCGUUACUAAAUUACGCUCUUGCCACUAGGCACAUCACAGACAGCUGCUAACACGAAUACAAAAUAAAUAGAUAUCUAAGUGAAUGAAAAAUGCGUGGCCGUCUCAGGCAUUACGUAUUUUUGGCUCUGAAGAAAUUAUUUUUGGCUCUGGAUUGGACUGUCAAAAUGUUCCUUGUUUCCUUGAUUCUGCUGUUUGUUGUGAUACUGUAUCUGUUAAGCCAAAUGGGAGCCUGAAUCUUGAACCUGUAUCAAGCUGUAUAUCUUGAGCGAGAUCCCUCAAAAAGGCUUUAGCAAUGUCUUAAAAACUGUUUAGCUCUUGAGAUGGGCUGAAAUGGCAAAAAUGUUUUUGAGGUUUAAAGGGAUAGUUCAACCAUAAAUGAAAAUUCUGUCAUCAUUUACUCACCCAUCAUGUUGUUCCUAACCCGUAUGACUUUCUCUGUUCUGUGGAACACAAAAAGAGAUGUUACAUA